AAGACAACCAAGCGCCGUGAUCCGUUACGCGGGUUGAAUCAAACGUUUCUUCAUUUGUUUUGAUAAAAUAGUUGAUUUAUUAAAUAGCUAAUCAACUGAGCUUUAAGUUAUGUGUCUCGGUUUACUUCGAUGGUCUGCGAGACCCGUCGCGCGACUAAUUUACUUUCAGUUUGGCCAAAAGGAAGUUAGCGCAAAUUAGACUGUGAGGCUGGAUGUGUGAUCAUGGAGGCCAGAGGUGAUGAAGAGGUUGCAGAAAACCAAAAUAAUCGCUCAUCUAACGCUAAUGUUUGUCCUUCCGAGUCCAGAGAUGAGAGGUCCAAUGUGUCUCCAGAAAACAGGGAUGUGGAUGAAGAGGGUUUGUUCAUUCACCACUCUGCCACUCUGACCAACAGGCAGCGUGGGAAUGAGGUUACAGUACGCCCAGCAACAUUAGACUCUCUGUCCAUACACCAAUUGGCAGCUCAAGGCGAGGUUUCACAAGUGGCUGCACACCUGAGUAAAGACAGUUCACUGCUCAGCAAACAGGAUGAACGGGGCUUUACGCCUCUCAUGUGGGCAGCAGCGUUUGGGGAAAAAGCAGUGGUGGAUUUUCUCCUGGAAAAGGGCGCGGACCCCAAAACAAUUGCAAGAGAGCGAGAGAGUGCCCUGACUCUGGCCAGCUCUGGAGGUUACGUGGACAUUGUCGAGUCUCUUCUCAGACACGGAGUAGACAUUGACACAUAUGACUGGAAUGGUGGGACUCCUCUUCUUUACGCUGUCCGAGGGAACCACAUCAAAUGUGUGGAGGCACUCUUGGCCAAAGGGGCCGACAUGACCAUCGAAUCGGACUCUGGGUACAGUCCGAUGGCCUUAGCUGUUGCCCUGGGACACAAAAAGAUUCAGAAAGUGUUAGAGGACCAUAUCCUGAAGCUCUACAAGCCACCAACAUGACACUAGUUAGAACAAAUAACUGGAAAUAACCUUCUGAGGAUGCCAGAUCUACAACCAGCCAUCACUGGUAGUAUAAUGACAAAGUAACCCGUGUAACAACAGCAAGUCAUGGUAACAGAUAGGUACACACGCAGAGACAUUUACACUGAGUAAAAGUACUUCUGUUAUUUUAGAAAUGGUUUAUUUCACUGAUGUGUACGUUGUAUCACAAUGUGCAGAAACUUUGUACAAACAAGGACUAAAAUGCUACGCUGUGCAGCAGAAUUAUUUUGUUUGAGAGAAAGACAGCACAAAAAGGAUUGUAA